UGACCCCGUUGGGUGAAGACCGGGAGUCCGAUGGGCUUUUUGGUGGCGGUUUGAUCCUCUUUUCUUUAAUAAAUUGCCGCGUUAGAAUUCAGUAGCCUUCCUUUACACUGAAGCUGAGCUCACGGUGAAACGCGAGGGUAAAGCGGCGGACACAGAUAAAGAAUUGUUUGUUCUACGUUUGAUUAACGUUAUCUCUAAGCGUUUACACAGGGAACCGCACACCUUGUCGCCGGUGUGAAGUCGUGCAGGAGACUGAAGGAGAGAAGUCCAAACCAAGCGCUUUUAAAAUCAUUUGAAGGGCAGUUAUUGAGUUGGCAAACACAUCCAUUAUCCCUGGGUUCAGUGUGUGAACAGCACUGAAUCCAGUGAGCAUAUAUAGCAGCAACUGAUCGACGGGUAAUAUUGGAGAUGAAACCUGAUGGGGUGGCAACAGUACAAUCUGAACCAAUGGACACAGAAGGAACAGAACCUGUUACAGAACCAACUGGCAGCGACAGUGCAUCUCAAAAUGGCACUACACAAUCACCUCCACAACCUGAUGAACCCCAAAAUGAACAAUCAGCUCCUCCGACAUUGAAGGAAGCUUCUGGGAAAGCAGUAGAUACUAAAAGCAAAUCCAAAGGCCCAAUAAAAGGCAAGACUACAGUAACUGCUCCAGCUACCACUGGACCAGGCACAAGACCCAAAGCAACCCAAAGCCGGUUGGCAACUAAUGGCCUCACAAAGACUACAGCAAGUACCCUAACUAAGAAACCUAUUCCAGCUACUAAUGCAGCAGCAGAAAAAAAGAAACCCACCACUACCAGUGGACCUUCUGGUCUCAAUAAGAAACCCGUUGGUUCUUCAACUGCUGUUGCAACCUCAAGGCCCCAGCCUAAAGUUACAACUGUUGGCACAAGUAGAUCAACAACAACCACCACCACUGCCACUGGAACAAAGACAGGAGCAGGUGUUGGCACAGCCUCCGGCCUGAGUAGGAGACCUGCCACUGCUGCUACUAGUGCUGCAACCAAACCCAAAUCCACAGCUCCAGCUCCAAGGCCAGCCACUGCUCCUGCUGCCAAACCCAGCACUUCAGCCACAGCCAAAGCCACUGCAGCUCCCAAAACUAACAGGUCAACUGUAAAUUCUGCCCCACGACCAGCUGCUACUUCUACUUCAACAGGAAGAGCCACUACAACUGCUGUAACUAAAACAAGUCGCACUGCUACACAACAACCCGGUAAACCCUUGGUUUCAGCAUCAGCUGCUCGGAAAGAUGUUGGGAAAACAAGCACUACAGCACCUGGGAAAAAAUCAGUUGCUCCAACGUUGUCCCGUCCGGCUCCCAGCAAGUCUUUAAAUUCAGAUGCUCCAAAAUCAGCUGCAGCUUCGAAACGACCUCCUCCAGCCACCAAAGCACCUCAACUCAAACCAGAUGACAAAAAAAGUGUACCUACACGCAAGGUGCCUCCUAGUCCACGAAACAAUCCCUCACGACCAGCGUCAGGCAAGAGCAUUCCAGCAUCUCCUAGUCAUAAGCAAGCAGGUAGCAGCAGUGGGAAGCCUCAGCCAUCCAAACCAACACAGUCUGUUUUGCCACUUGUUGUCAAAGGAAAGCCCAAUGAUAAAGAAACUGCAGCAAAGCCUAAUAAUGAAGAACCUGCAACAGAACCUGUGCAACUAUCGACAGCAGCAGUAGCUACUGUUGCAGUUGCAACAGCUGCAGCAAUGGCCAGGGAAGAGUUUUUAUCAGAGGCUGAAGCUACUCCAACUACUGAGAGCUCUCUGCAUGCACCAACCACUUCUUUACCUGUUGAGGAAAAUGUAGAUCUACAGCUCCCUAAUGUAGACCACCAAAAUGUGCCGGAUGUUCCUACAACUGGGCCAGAGACUCAGGAGGUCUUACUUGAAACAGAUCUUGUUAAAGAGGCAGGUUCGAAAUCAUCAGUUGUCAGUCAGGAGUCUGAAGAGCAGAUGUCUAGAAAAGCUGAUGAAAAACUUAUUGCAGCUGUGGCACCAGUUUCACAGGAAGUCCCUGAGCAGGAAACAUCUGUUUCACCAUUUGAUAUCUCUGCUGCCACUGUAGUGCCCUCUGGUGUGGAGGUUGCUGAAAAAGCUGAACCGACCAACAGUGAGUGUUUUGAAGAUGAGGAAGAGAGGGAAGGUAGUCAGCAAGUAUCUCUGUCUGAAAUGAGUGGCACCCAGCCUACCGAAGAGUCUCGACCUGGGUCAGCUGGGCUAGCUGGGUCUGUUUGGAGGGCGGGUGCCUUGCUCUCUGAACUUGACUCUGAGGAUGUGAGUUGCAGCCAGCAAGGAGCAUCAGAAUUAAGUGCUCCAGGUGUUCUGGAGGGCACAGAAAGCAUGGAUGAUCUAGGUGAUGCAAGUCUUAAAGGAGCUGAUGGUGAAGGUGCAUCUGUGGGGUCCCCUGACUUUGAGAAGGUUCCUGAUAUUCUUAAUAAUGAAGAUGAUGAUGACGAUGAUGAUGAGGAUCGUGUUUGUGACAUGGAGGUAGGGUCAGAAAGAGCAGAGGACUCUCAUAGGCAGCUUCAUGACAACGAUGAAGAUGAUGAUGAAGAUGUUGAAAUGGCAAGUGAGGGAAUUACUGAGAGUGGGCUUGAAAGUUAUGGGAAUGCAGAUGAGGAUGACUUGACAGAAGACUAUAGAUUAGACAACUUAAACAGAAUUCAGCCUCCAAUCAUUCCAUCUGCCCCUCUGGCAACCCAUUGGAACCAGCCUAGUUGCUUUGCUGAUGCCUGGGCUCAGCCACCACAACCUGCGUCUACCCUACUAACAAGUCCGUCCUCUGAAUGUUGGCAAGCAGAUCCAGAAACCCCAACAGAGAAACCUGCACAAUCAAGAAUUGAUGUUGGCUCUGAAGGAGGGUCUUCCUCCCCUCUCCCAUCUAACCUUUUUGAACCCCCACCUUGCUCACCUCAACUAGCCACACUAACUGGUGCAGAGGGUGAUCCUGGCCCCAAACCAGUCUUGACGCCCUCUCAAACCUCCAAAUUCCAUGCUGGUUUGCCCAGUGAACCGGACCUAGCAUCUGAGCUUAACAGAGACGCCAUUAGAUCAGAGAAGGUGGAAGAUUACAACAACUCUGGUAUUGAGACAAAUCCCAAAGAAGAGCUACAGCAAGAACCACUAAACCCUGUUUCCACAGUCCUGCCUGACAUCAUGCAGGACUUAGGAAUUCACCUUGAAUGUGCUGAUGAAGAACAACCAGAAACACUGCCAGCAGAAGAUGUUUUGGGUGGCCCAGCAACUGCUCAAUCAUCAUCUUCAUCAGCUACAGAGGAUGAGGCAAGCGACACGGAAGGUGAAAUGCAGAUCAGUGACCCUCAAGCUGAGUUACCUGGCAUUGAGAGUGCCUUUGGAAUUGCACCUGUGGGCCACAAUUUGUCCACUCUAGAAGAGCAUGAAGAAGUGGGAGGGGAGAAUGAAGUUGGUGGUGGGGGUGGUAGUGAGACCCCUCAAUCUGCUACCUCAGCUGCAUCAUAUGGCUUUGACUACAUGACCUCAAACUCCAAUGCCCAGUCAUCUGCUGAGAGUUGUAGCAAGAGUCCUGGCAUCUUUUCUCUGGAAAAUGAAGAGCAACUCCCAGAUGAGGCCAAGGAUCCAUCUCUUCUUAAAGAGUUGACCCUGAUACCUGCUACUGGAUCCGGGGAAAAGAUUGAUCCUGACAAAUGUCAACAUGGGGAGUUUCAGGCUAACCCAGAGCAUCAAUACAUGUUGUGUGGAGAGUCCAGUGAGCUGCCUGAGUCUGAUUCAGUACCGGGAACUUUACCUGUAAAGUCAGACUUGACUGAUCCUUCCCCACAGCAUCUGGAAGAGGAACAAGAACCAGAGACUCAGCAUCCCUACUACUCCACUAUAUGCGAAAAGACUGAUAGUCACCUGGCAGAAAGGAACUUUCCACCACAUCAAAAUGAAUUGCUUUCCAUCCAAAUGACAAUGUCCUCCAAACUUCGUCUCCGACCACGCGCUUCCCAUGUGCCUCAGGCACCACGGCUUCCCACUGACCUGCCUCCCAGAAUACCAAAUGCAGUGUCAAACACUCAGCUGCGCUGUCUAGAGCAACAUCAACAGCACCUUCAUGAGAUCCAGCAACGACAGGAAAAACGUAAUCGAGAGCAAGAGAGACAAGCAAAAGAGGAGAUGCAAGUGACGAAAGGGGAGGAGGAACAGAGACGAAAUCUGCUUGAGUUGAAACUUAAACAGCAAGAGCAAGAACUUAAGCAGCGACAGCAGAUCAUGCAGUGGCAACAAGAACUUGAAGAACAACAACAGCAGCAGCAGCAGCAGCAAAAACACAAGGUGCAUACACCUGUCAUCCUCUCUCCUUCAACAGGUCUCACUACAAUCUAUGAAACUGUGGAAACGAGUGACUCUGAAGAUGGCGAAGAGGAGGGGAAACAAGGUGUGGUUGAGGAACUGCAAGAUAAAAGCUCCUUCAUUGUGUUUCCUAAAGAAGACACUCAAAGAUGCACAGAAAAAAAUUACUCCGCUAAUCUUUAUUCACAUUGCACAACACCUUCCCCAGAGUCUCCUACUCAGGACUCACAGCAAGAACUUAAGGAAACUGACACUGCAACAGACCAAGACAGUCCAUCUCCAUUGGGAUCGCCUGAACGACCUCCACCUCUGGAGUUUGACUGGGGAAAGAAGGUGGACAUUGUCCAGCAGCUCAUCAACCAGACUUUAUUGCUAACAGGGGAUGGAUGCUCUCCGCUUCUUUUGCUACCCGGAAGAGCCGGUGGGACACUCAGCCCUCUUGAAAGCAGCAUGUGGCCCAACUUACUGCCACCUCUGACUCCCCCAUCAGCCACUGUGACCUCUGUGAGCAGCUUCUCACCUGAGGCUCCCGGCAGCUCUGCUCAGGGUGAGUGGACUGUUGUAGAGCUGGAGACUCAUCACUGAGCGAAGCUUAGUAAAAACUUGCCAAAUAUAAACUUCUGGAUUUAAAAGACUUUUAAAUGAAGGUCGACCAGUAGGGAAGUGCAAGUUGCAUUGGAUCAGGGGUGUCACUCCCCGCAACCCAGCACAGUUUAGUUCCAACCCUGGUUCAACACACUUUCCUGUGGGUUUCAAACAAGGCUGAAGGACUCAAUUACAUUGAUCAGGUGUGUUUUAUUAGGGUUGGAACCAAGCUGUGCAGAGCUGUGGCACUCCAGGAACAGAGUUUGACAACUGUGCAUUAGAUAAUGGUGUCUUCACAAAAUCUUAUGGAGGAUGGAGUCAUGGAGUAUUUAUAGUAUCUGCAGUAUUUCUGCAAAGUAGGAAAUUGCGUGAACAUGAAAGUGAUACUGCAGGACAGUGUGCUGGACUACUCCACGAUCUUGCUUUUUAUUUGAUUCAUCUUCACUGGGAGUUCUUCUAUUGCAAUGAGCUUUUACUGCCUCUCUCCACCCAUCCUAAAGAAAUAGAACACAACAGUCCUUUUUUAUGUUACUGAUAAAGCCUCCCUGCCAAACUGAUCGGCCAUAUCUAACCUGCCCCCAUGCCAAAAAGCCAUUUCCUUAAGGUUUAAUGGAGAUGUCUGGCUGGCUAUAUGCAUUUAUCUCUUAGUCAUUAAUAAGCCCUCUACCCACAAUUGGGGCAGAAUGCCAACUCAGUGACUGAGCAAGUAUAAAAUGGACUCUGCUGUUCUCCCUCAGAAUAAAUGUUCUGUGAAAAAGAUACAGAUCCAAGGUAAAUUUAAACAUGCAGGUUUCAAAUACAGAUCAAGCAGUGUUUUUGUUGCACUAUGGUGGUUUUAAAAGACCGAAUGGUUUGACACUUGUUCUACUGUAAGGCACAAAAUGGUGUUACUGAAGAACAGAUAUUUUAUGGUUUAACACAAUUUUCAGUCUGUAAAUUCUGCAAAUAUUUUCAAACUAUCUAAGCUAAGUUUGAUAUUUGAACAGCUUCAUUCUACAGAACUCUGUAUUACAAGUUUUCCAAAGCACAAAUAGCUACUCAUUUUUUUUAACCUUUUUAAGGGUUUUAUUUAAAAAAAAAAAAAAAAAGUAUAAAUAAAACUUUUUGCACUGCUGUAACCUCUGAGAAAUAGCUGACACCAGAACCUGCUCCAAUUUAGGAUGCAGGUUCGUUUUAGAAGUAUUUUAGACUACAGGGGUCAAAUCCAGUUCCUGAAGAGCUGCAGCUCUGAACAGUUUAGUUCCAACCCUGUUUCAACACACUGACAUGUGGGUUUCAAACAAACCUGAAGUACUCAAGUUUGAUCAGGUGUGUUUAAUUAAGUGGGUCGCACACCAGAAGCGCCCCUUAGCGCCGCGACACGGCACGCACAUGACAGUUAAAAGCAUCACACACCAGACGCGCACAUUUGCAUGAUAUUUAACAUGAAACUAAUCAGAUGGCGCUCUGUGGCACGGCAGGAAUAUGAACAGUGUCCUGAGUUGUGGCUGGGCGCAGUGGACAGCCGCUGACUUGUGGUGCCGGUGUGUGUACCCUGAUAGAAACCUAUGUUUAGAAUUCUGAAAUGAGUGGCGCAUCGCUUCUGGUGUGCGACCUGUUUUAGGGUUGGAACUAAACUGUGCAGAGCUGCGGCCCUCACAGAACUAAGUUUGACACCUGUGUUUUAGACUGACAUACUGCAGCUACAUCAAAUGAUCCUCUUUACUGUGAACUUUUCAAACACUGUGCCUCCCUUACCUUUCCGAAUGAUUAGUAUUGAUCUGAGGAACACGAAGCAGCUCUUAUAGCCGCACAUGCAGUUUGAAUGAGGUUUGCUGUGCCUGAGAUUGACUCCCAUAUUUCGAGAGCUGGAAAAACUUUCUGCUGAAUGAGCAGUCUCAUACACUGUCAAUACGUAGUCUACCAAGUGUUUACUUAUCCCAGUUGGGAACAAAUUGUUUCAUCUCAUGUAGUAUGAAUGGGAUAUUGUCUUUAUGUGCUCUGCAUUGUUCUAUCUCUUAUCUGAAAAUCUAAAUUAUUGGGAAAAAGUAAUUCCAGAAGAAGUCCCUAAUGUGUUUAUAUAGCUUAAUUACAUAUGCAUAAUGAUAUACAUGAAUGAAUAUUUGUAUGUGAGAGUUUGUCUGCUAUCUGAAAGCGCAAAUUGAUUAUUGGAGCUUCAUUUGCCCCUAUUAUCUGUUGUUGUAUGUAAAAUGACAUGUAUUAUUUUAAAGGGAUCAUGUUUUAAGUUUGUUAUUAUGAAGCGAGAAUACCAUAUUGAUUUGAUGUGUUGUACUGCCUACUCGUGUAUUGUUGUGACAUAGCAGACUUUUAGAUAUGUAGCUUGACACUGUAAACAUAGGAACAUUUAUUUAAAUGAAAGGUUUUAGGAUCUAUCAAAGAAACCGAUUUCAAUUCUGAUCAGGGAACAAAGGGAUUCCAGGUAGAUUUUUUUUUUUCACUGUAUUUUAACUGAACUACUGUUGUACAAACUUGACAUAUCACAGUUAAAAAGAACAUGCAGGGAAAGCCAUUAUGGCCACACACACCAGCAGUACAAAAAAAUAAAUAAAAUAAUGCACUGAAAAUAACUUAACUCCAAACUGGGCUGAUUUACAAAAGGAAUAGUGAAGGAAUACAACAACGUUAUUCAUAAUGCUCUGCCCUCUACAUUGAACUUCAUCAUGUUUUCCAGCAAGUGUGCAGAUACCGCUGCUUUCAUUUUUUACAUCUUUACCCACUUUUGUGUAUAUUUUUCUAAUUUAUUAUUUUGAAAUGAAGGAUUAUUUUGUUGUUGUUGUUUUUUUUAUAGAGAGAAAAGUAGGCAGUGGACCAAAGCUGCCAACAGGUUUCGUUUUUGGACUUUGUAACAGAUUACAUGGACGGCCACUGUAUUUGAAUGUUUUUAUGAGAAAUAAAGCUGGUUUGGAAUUUAA